GCUAGUCAGCUGCGCAGCUAACUUUUGAACUUUGACCUAUUGAAUUAUAAACCAUAUGUUGUUUCCAUUGAGGUGUAUUAACUCAGUGGUUGUUUCAGAGGCCACUUCUUAAAAUAUUGUUAUGCUGUUAUUCUAAGUCUGGUGGAGUAUCACAACCUCUACUCCAGAACUUUGUCUACCAUGAAAAGUUACAAUGGAGUUUGCUGCCACGUUAUAUAACAGACUAUCUGGAGCAUUGGGUAAUCCGCAUGUUGUCAGUGAAAUACCUACAACAGAGUAUUCCAAUUUGAGUCCAAUUCAACAAAAUAGCCAAUUAAAACUAUAUCAUCGACACAAUUUUAUUGAUUGCAUUCUUGUGGAUCCAACACGAACGAAUAUGCUGAUUCGAAUGUUUCGUAUGCCGAAGUCUCAACGUUCUGCUGCAGAAACAGCUUUCCGCUGUUUGUCAACUCAUUUGCCAUGUUUCUGUCCAAAUCUACCAAAAUGGUACAGCACGAAUCGUUUGACAAGUUUAAGUGAAUGUAUUCGCCAAUAUGAAAUGUGGUCAUCCGUUCAUAUUGCUGUGCAAGCUGGACUUUCCGAAGUCUUAACGAAGGAACAAGUUGGAUAUAUGAUUAACAAUCAGUUUUGUGACAAAGCAAGAUCACCUAUGCAUCUUGCAUGUGACUUAAAUAGAUUGGAUUUGCUCGAAAAAUGCUUUUUAAUUGGAGGUAAUCUGAAAUUACAAGAUGAAAAUGGUGACACUGUCUUACAUUAUGCGGUUUCAAAAUGCUCAAAACAGUUUGUUAAAUUCAUUUGUGGAAAAAUGGACAAAGAUGCACUUGAUGUUCAAAAUGUUGCAGGGGAAACUGCAUUGCAUAUUGCAUGCAAAACAAAUAAAGUUGAAAAUUGUAGAAUUUUGCUCGACGCUGGCGCAAGUCUCAACAAAUGCAGCAAAAUUGGGUAUCCGCUGCAUUACUCUUUAAAAUAUGGUGAUAGGAAACUUAUCGAAUACAUUCUGGAAAAAGACUCAUCUCAAGUUGAUCAUGUUUGUGGUAAAUAUCAAAGCAUUCCUAUGCAUUGGUGCAGAAAUGGAGAAGAUGUAAACCUGCUAGUCAAACAUAAUAGUAAGGUUGUUCAUACAAGUUGCACUGGUGAUAUGCCUUUGCAUGUUAUGGUUCUUAAAGAUCGACUGGAUGCUGCUAUUGGCUUGAUAUUCUCUCAUGCUGAUAUAAAUGUAAAAGGUAAAAAUGGUAACACUCCAUUGCAUCUUGCUGUAAUUAAUGAUAACGAAAAACUCGUUAAAAUGCUUUUACUUUUUGGUGCGGACUGUGAGGCAAAAAACGAUUUUGGUGAAACUCCAGGACUUCUCGCUAUUCGUAAUUCUAAAUCAAAUAAAGAAGAAAUUAUGAAAUUGUUAUCCAGUGUAGGUGGAAUCCAUCUGGGCCCUGAGAAAGUGCCAAAUGUAGCAAAUUCUUUCCACUCAUUUGACGGUGUGGGCAUGCCAAAAACAAGUACUGGGUCGGGCCCUCCAAAAGCAAAAAUAUUAUGCUUAGAUGGAGGUGGAAUCAGAGGAUUAGUAUUAACUCAAAUGCUGAUAGCCAUCGAAGAAGAAACUGGUAAAAAAUCAAGGGAGUUAUUCGACUGGAUAUGUGGUACAAGCACUGGGGGAAUAUUAGCUUUAUCAUUGAGUUUGGGACUCAAGGCUGUUGACUGCCAAAGUAUAUAUUUUCGUUUAAAGGACAAAGUGUUUUCUGGUCCGAGGCCAUAUGAUUCCGUUCCUAUGGAAAAUUUUUUAAGAAGUGUUUUUGGUGAUAACACAACAUUAGCUGAUUUAGAAAGUCACCCUAAAGUUGUAAUAACAUCUGUACUUGCCGAUCAACGUCCUGCGAAAUUACACCUUUUUAGAAAUUAUGAACCAGCACUUGAAGUGAUGCCAAAAACUAGUGUUAAAGAUCGACCAUUGAAAAACACAGCAUCAGUAUCAAUUGAAAAUAUAUUGUCAAGCCCGAUGGAUACUCCGCUGUGGCAAGUUGCGAGGAGCAGUGGUGCUGCACCUACUUAUUUUCGGCCGAUGGCAAAUUUUGUAGAUGGUGGACUCAUGUCCAACAACCCAACUUUGGAUAUACUUACUGAAAUACAUCGACAAAAUAAAGCGUUCAAACAAAUGAAUCGAGUGGAUGACAUACAACAACCGGGAUUAGUAAUAUCACUAGGAACAGGAAAAAUUCCUGUAAUUAAGGUGAAGUCUGUCGAUAUAUCUUUACCGACCAACCCCAUCUACUUGGUCAGUACUGCAUUUGCAGGGAUAGAACUCACUCAGAUCAUGAUCGAUGCGGCAUGUGAAUGUGACGGACAUAUACAUGAUCGUGUUACUGCUUGGUGUGAUUCUAUAGACGUUCCAUAUUACCGAUUAACUCCGCAAUUGAAAGAAGAAAUAGCUAUGAAUGAAACAAAGGAUGAAAAAUUAGUGGACAUGUUAUGGACUACUAAAUUAUAUCUACAAAAAAAUAAACAUAUUAUUCAAGAAAUUGCACAUUUAUUACUGGACGACAAAUGAUGCUGUAGAAUCAGAUUUUACAUGAAUUUUCACAUCAAUCUCUUUGGAGAUGCAGUUUUAGAGUUGAAAUUAUGGAGUAUUAUUAAUGUUGAUAAUUAUGUCCAAAAUUUGGUACGAAGCUUGAGUUGGAGUCAAAAUUUUUUCUCAACCUGAAAUCAAUGUUCAAAUUUUUGGAGUCUGAGUCAUUUUUUUGUACGUCUCUUGAGUAUUGUGUAGAUUUUCUCUAGCUCCUUAGCCCUGGCUAUUUUAGGAGCAUAAAAUGUUAUACAACAACAUAUAUUCCAAGAUCAUUGAAACCUUAAAUAUAAUAAUUAAAGAACUUGUCGAAAAAAUUUUGAUAUAUAAUUUUGAACUCGUUAUGUUAAUUGACUCAAGCUAACAAUUCAUCUUACACAUUUUUUUCAUAUAUCAGGGUUAUAUUAUAUAUCGUGUUACACUCAGCAUGUGUAUUAUAAGACAAGUCGGCAAGAAUCGUUAUACAUGUAUUUAAUUUCAUCUUACCAAAUGUUC